CAACAUCUCCAUCGUCGAGGGAGCAACGCAGUCAUCUUCACGAACUUGAAAGGUUAUCUGCCACACCAUCAUGUCUCUUGUUGUACCCGAGGCUCACCAACAAUUCCAACACAUUCUUCGUUUGCUCAACACCAACGUCGAUGGGAAACGAAAAAUCAUGUACGCUUUGACGGAGAUCAAGGGUGUUGGUCGUCGCUAUUCAAACUUGGUUUGCAAAAAGGCUGAUGUUGACUUGAAUAAACGUGCUGGAGAGCUCAAUUCUGAUGAACUUGAGCGAAUCGUGACAAUCAUCCAGAAUCCCACGCAGUUCAAAAUCCCCACAUGGUUUUUGAACAGGCAAAAGGAUAUCGUGGACGGAAAAAACUCACAAAUUCUGUCCAAUGGCGUUGACUCGAAACUACGUGAUGAUCUUGAACGCCUCAAGAAAAUUCGGGCGCAUCGUGGUUUGAGGCAUUUCUGGGGCUUGCGGGUGCGAGGGCAGCACACUAAAACAACUGGCCGACGUGGAAAGACUGUUGGUGUCUCGAAGAAGCGUGGUUAGGAUAUAUAUUUCACAAUCCUGUCGUAUUCUGUGCAAUUCAGAGAUUCAGAUUGAA